GCGCAUUCCUUGUCGAUGAGGCGUGUUUUCGUGGAAAUAUGCAGCAGUACGUACGUUUGCGUCUGUGAAACGCGAAAAAAUCCAAAUUGACGAUUAUUUACGAAUUACGAUUCUGCCGUUUCGUUUCUCGAUGCCGUCAGUUUAUCUUCUGUUUCUGUCGAUCGCAACGUUGACGCUUGCAGUGUCCGCGCCGCAGACUGCAGUGUCCGAUUGAUGUCGAAACUAGUCGGUCGUAGACUACGGUGGACGGUGGUACGCGUACGCUCGUGUCCGUUUCAGUUUGAUAUUUUUUUUGAAUUUUUUUCCUCGCGCCGCUGACUUGUAGUCAUUUGUUAUUCAAAGCAUACAAUGUUGCACAUAAACUCAAUGAAAGCGGCCACGUUUCCAGCCUAGGUUAUUCCAUUGUAGGGAUAUUGUACAAUUAUUGAACUGAUAAAUACCGCCAUGGAUGACGGUAGUGCAGAUCAAAAAGCCAACGAUGUACAACCUGAUAUAAAACAAAAUUGUGUAGAAAACACUAAUUCCAUACAACCACCAUCUAGUGAUAACUGUGUAACCAAAAAGACAUCGUUUGAAAUCACUAGUAUCACAGAACCGAAUAACGAUGACAACGAUGAAGACUCUCCAGACACUGAUUCACAUGUUCAUGACCACAGAACAGUAGAUAACAGGCAUGAAGCUGAAUUGCAAAAUUAUGCUGACAACAUGGUUGUAUACAAUACGUCUAAUGAUCUAGGCAGUACUGCACCAGUCAUACCUACUAGCUCACAAUAUGGUCUGGCUAUUGUUGAUAAUUCAGAUAGUGGCCAUUCUUUAGGUUCUAUAAAAAAUGAAGAUAUGCAUGGUGUUGAUGCUAAUUCACAAAAGAAUGAGUGUGAUUUAAAUGGUCUUCAAAAUAAAAAUAGAAAUGAACGAUUUAAAGUGGUGAAAAUUGAAAGUACAGAACCAUUCAAACGUGGUCGUUGGGUAUGUAUGGACUUUUUAGAUCAUUCAAUGAAUCAACAACAAUCAGGUAAUAAUAAAAUAUUAAUGGUAAAUGGUGAUAACAAAGCUUAUUCUCAGGCAAAUGACUUGGAUACAACUGAGCCGUUAGACAAUGGCCAUCAUGAAAGUCCUGAGUUUAGAGUUUGUACUAAUAAUGUCAGUACUUAUACUAGUAAUUGUAAUAAUUCUGAAAAUUAUAAAAAUCCAACUUCUACUUAUAAUAUUGUAUCGUCUGGUGUAACUACUCCUAUCCAUAGUGCUUGUGUGUCUCCUGGUCAAAGUUUACAGACUAAUAUGCAAAUCCCAGUAUUAACAAGUCAGCCAAUUUCAACUUCUGUGCAAGCACCUCAGCCACAAAGUCUUACUCAAGUUCAAUUAUCAGCUCAGCAUAAUAAUAUUAAUCAGAAUUGUAUACCACAUUCCAGCUUACAGUCUCAUCAAAUACAACAAGUUAUUGCAAAUGCUGGAGUAAUGCAAUCUCAAUUACAACAAACUCAACCAGUUAUCAAUGUUAUGCAAAAUCAAAACCCAUCAAUACAACCACAGUCUAUUCAGCAUAUAAAUUCUGUAGAUCAGAAUGUUUCACAAACUAUGCCACAACAAUAUCAACCUAUGUCACAGGCAAAUUUACAACAACAAAUUAUGCAGCAUAACAUACCAGCACAGUUUCAAAAGUCAUUUGUACCACAGAGUCAAUCUGUUUUACCUAACUGUGCACCUAUACAACAAUCAGUUAAUCAAAUGAUUAAUCAACAAGUUCCUCAAUAUUACAACUCCACACCAGUCCAGUCUCAAAAUGUUUCUUCUGAAUCUUCAACUGCCGUCUCUAUGUCCAAUCAACAUAUUGGUCAACAGCAAUUUCAAUCAAUACCUAUUCAAAAUCAACCAUUGCAAAAUCAUGUGCAGCUACAACAAAACCAACAACAGUUGCCACCCCCUGUGCAACAGAUGCAACAACAGCCUAGUCCACAACAAAAUAUGGUACAACAAAAUCAAAUGCAAUCUCAAAUGGUACAACAAAAUCAGCAAUUGUCUCAUCAGCCAUCUAUUUCUCAGCCUAGUCAACCUCAACAAACCCAGUCCGUUCCUCAACAAAGUCAACAAAUGUCACAGCAACAACACAUUCAACAACCUCAACAAACACCACAACCACAACAGACACAUGUCCAGCAAGUAUCUUCUUCACAGCAACAGCAGCAGCAGCAACAACAACAAGCGCCUCAACAAAUUCAACAAGUUGGACAACAAUUACAAGGACCUCAAGGUUCACAAAUUCAGCAGCAAUUGCCUCAACAAACUCAUCAUAUCAAUCAACUUACUCAAAUUAACAAUCAACCACAUCAAAUGCCUCAAUCAAAUCAAAUGCAACAAAUAGCUCAGCAAAGUCAGCAAAUUUCACAUCAACCUCAACAAAUUACAUUACAGAGCCAACAGAUACCCUUACAGACACAAUUACAACAUUCUAAGCAAAUGCAAACCACUCAAAUUCAGCCUCAAUCUCAACAGAUUCCUCAACAACAGCAGAUUCCGCAACAACAACCGAUUAGUCAGAGUCAAAUGAUUCAUCAAAAUAAUCAACAAAUAAAUCAUUCAGGGCAAAUGAUUCCUCAGCAAACUCUUAAUCAAGGACAACAGUUAAAUCAACAAAACCAACAAGUUCAACAGCAACAACCUCAACAGCAAAUACAGCAACAAUUAGUCCAAACUAGCCAACCUAGUCAACCAAUGUCUCAACAAAUUCUACAGUCAAAUCAAAGUAUGUCUCAACAAAAUCAAGUACUAACUCAACAAUUAGGCUUAAAUCAAUCAAAUCCCCAAAUGUCUGUAUCUCAAUCUCAAAACCAACAAGUAAUUCAACCUCAACACAUACAACAGACAGGACAGCAAUAUCAACAACCUCAACAAAUGAUGCAAUCUCAGCCUCAACAAUUACCAAUGCAAAAUAAUCAAUCCAUCAUGCAUCAACCAACUUAUUCACAGGCUCAAAGUUUGAACGCCAUGCAACUUCAACAAGCUGUAAUGCAAAUUCCGACUAAUACUGUUACAUCCACACAAAUGCAUAUUCAGCAACAACAGCCAGUGGGUCAAUCCAAUAUGAUGCAACAACCUCAAAUUACCGUUAUGCCGCAAAAUAACAUACAACCCACAAUUCCCAUGUCCCAACAACAAAUGACAUAUUCACUGCAACAACAUGUACCUAUUAACCAAAACUAUGUUAAUAGUAUGCAAAAUUGUUACAUUCCUUCCCAACAACAAAUGGCUCCAUACAAACCUUCAAUGAAAACUGUAGAAACUGUCAACAAAAAAAAAGAAGACAAUAAUACUGAAGAUGUUGAUAAUGGAACCACUAAUAGCGCAACUACUACUGUUGCUAUAGAUAACAAAAUUGAACAAGCUAUGGAUUUAGUUAAAAGCCAUCUAAUGUAUGCUGUGCGUGAAGAAGUAGAAGUAUUAAAAGAAAAAAUCGCAGAACUAAUGGAUAAAGUUGGAUUACUAGAAACAGAAAACUCUAAUCUUAGGAUGCUUGUACCACCAGACAUGUUAGAACAAUACAACCGAGAAAAACAAAAAUCUACCAACGGUCAGUCAACUCAUAAUCAAUAGGCUUAAGUUUAAACUAUUUGGUAAUCUAUGAUAUAUCAAAAUGUUAGGCCAAAUAAUGUAAAAACAGUGAUGUGUACAGAUUGUUAUCUUUAUUAGUUUGAUUUGUACAGUGUAAUAUUAGUAAAAACUUUAAUCAAUUUAUUUUAUUAGCUAACUAUGUAGCUAGGUAUUUACUUUUAUAUUUUUUUGAAUAUGAUGAUAUUUCAAAUCAAAUAGGCCCAAAGUUGAAAAAUAUUCAAGUGUUAAGUAUUUUAGAAUAUGAAAGGAAGCAAGGACACUGUUAUACUUUAUUUUGUUCAUUUAUACUUUUCAUAAAAUAUUGAUAAUUUUGUUUUUCAAUGUGUUUAUUUUUUAAGACUGUUUAUAAUUAAAAAAAAUUCAAAAUUGAAGUCAAGAUAAUGAUUAAUUUUUUUUAAUUAUAGUAUACGACUAUGCGAGGUACAUUAUGUCCUUGCUUUGUGAUGUGCAAUUGUUUGUGAAUUUAAAUGUAAACUAUAUUUUAAGAUGGCAACUGACUGAAUAAAACACAAUUGUUGGUUAAA